AUGGCCACCCAAGCACCAACCUUUACCAAACCCAACCGCCCCCUAACGUGGCUAAUAACGGGCUGUUCCUCAGGCCUAGGUCUCUCGCUAGUACGGGCUGCCCAAUCAAACGGCCACACGGUAAUCGCAACAUCACGACAACCCUCUCGCACCCCAGAGCUAGUGUCUGAGAUAACCCAAAACGGGGGCGAAUGGCACGCACUGGACGUCGACAGCCCAACCGCAGCUUCUGAGUUGCUAUCCAAACUCGAGUCUGCAGGCCACAAAAUUGACGUGCUGGUCAACAAUGCCGGAAACGCGAUCCUCGGGGCAGUGGAGCAGUUCUCGGACGAGGAGCUGCGGGGCCAAAUGGAGACCGUGUAUUUUGGACCAGGUCGGCUGAUUAGAGCUAUUAUGCCUGGGAUGAGGGAGAGACGGUUUGGGAUUGUUGUUAAUGUUAGUUCUGGGGCUGGGUUGGAAGGGAGGGAGCGUAUGGGUGCUUAUGCCGCGGCGAAGGCUGCUAUGGAUGGGUUGUGCAAGGUACUCGCUAAAGAAGUCGCGCCAUUCAAUGUCCGUCUUCUGACAGUGUGGUUGGGAGUGUUCAACACGCAGUUCGGGACUAGUUGUCGUACUCCUGCUAAUCCUUUACCGGCGGACUAUGGCGGUUCUGUGGAUACGCAGAUGCUGGAUGCUGUACAGGCUGGUAAGCAUGUUGCUGAUGGCGAUAAGGAAAAAGCUGCCAAGGCGAUAUGUGAAGUUGUCGUUGGCGAGGGUGUUGGUGCUGGGCGUGAGAAUGAGGAAUUCUUGCUAUUGGGUCGGGAUAUGAUUUCUCGCAUUAAAUUAGUGCGUGAUCGGCUAGAUCAUACGCUUGAUGUGUUUGGGGAUAUUGCUGGGAAUGUCUAUAUUGACCAGAAGGAAUGA